AUGUCCAAAUCUUCUAGCUCUGGCUCUGGCUCUGGCUCUGGAUUCAGUUUUCGCAUCGGCUCUGAUCAAGAUAGUCCUGCUCCUGCUCGCCGCUUGCCUCGAGGCUUAUCUCCUACUCUAUCUGAGACUCGGACUGCCCCUGGCCUCCCUGGGGUCAUUGAAACAGGAUCAUUCUUGAAGGUUCCUCGGGGUACGUUAAGUUCCACUCCCUCCGUCUCUGUUUCGUCACAGAUUGGUGAGCCACCUUCGUCUCUCCGCUCAGAUUUGCCUGCCUCCGGCUUGUCCUAUAGCUCGUCAGAGCUUAGUGGGCCUCCUUCAAAUCUGCCUUCAAGUUUGGCUAGCUCGGGCUCUGCAUUCUCUGGGAUUAUUGAGCCUGCUUCAUCUCUCCCGGACACCGCUUUAAUUGAGCCCCUGUCUCCCAUCAUGGCCGAAGCUUCAAACAAGACUGCGGCAGACCCUGCGCCUCAAAAGUCCCCAAAGUCUGCCAAAGUUGGAAAAUCUGGCGGUGUAGACCCGAAGGUAAUCAAGGAAACGCAAGAACACACGAAGACCAUUAUUGCCAAAACGGCACAUGAAGGAACUGAGUUUGCCUACUCGUCAACUCCUGAAAACGCCCCUGCCUUGAGUCAGGAAUCAAGAAUGUAUCCAGCAUUUGAAGAAACCCUUAUCCAGGUUGUUGAAGGGGACACAUUUGAUAUAGCCAUCGAAGUGACAAAUGGCACGUACAAGGCUAAAACGGAAGAUUUCAUGCCAGUCUGCGUUCUCAACCACGCCAAUGCCUUCGGCGCCGGGGGAAGCUGGAAAACGGGAGCCACGGCCCAAGAGGAACAGCUUUUCUAUCGAAGCACACUUUGUGGAAGUCUCAGGGAGAAAUUCUAUCCGAUGAAGGAGUUGGAAUGCUUGUAUUCGCCUCAUGUGAUCAUCUUUCGAGAGAACUCAGCAGCGGGAUUCAAAUUUUUGGAAAAUAUUGAAACGCCAGAGAAGCUUCCCGUCGUCAGUGUGAUUAGUAUGGCCGCUCAGAGAGGCCCGAAAACGGUUAAGAACAAGGAGGGACAAAGAGAGUAUGCCGAUGAUGACGCUCGAGGCAUGAUGUACAACAAGAUGAAACAGAUUCUGCGCACCGCUGCCCACAACAAUCAUCGUCGAUUGGUUCUUGGGGCCCUUGGGUGUGGAGUGUUCGGUCACCCCGAAGAAGAAGUGGCAGAUCUGUGGAAAGAAGCUCUCACUGAGGAUGGAGAGUUUGAUGGCUGGUUCGAGCAAGUAAUCCUUGCCAUCUUUGAUAAAGACAAGGCCAAGAAGAAUCUGCGCACGUUCGAGAGGAUGUUUGCGGAAACCGAAGAGUCACCCUUGGAUCUUGAUUGA